AUGGCCGCCGCAAUCAAGACCGAAGUCGAUGCUAUCAUCGCCGCCCACGCUAUCGUCGUGUUCUCAAAGUCGUACUGCCCCUACUGCACCAAGGCCAAGAACCUGUUGGAAAGCCUCGGAGCCAAGGCCUUUAUCCUUGAGCUCGACAACGUCGACAAUGGUGCUGCUAUCCAAGCCUACCUCCAGACCUUGACUGGCCAGCGCACUGUGCCCAACAUCUUCAUCGCCCAGACGCACAUCGGAGGAUGCGAUGAUCUCUUCAAGCUCGAAAAGGGUGGUGAGCUCGAGAGACGUCUUGCCAAGAUCUAA